AGUUCCGCACAUCGUAUCAACAAUUCCUGGAAAAUUUUCCCAGAGCAAUUCAGCACUCGAGCCCCACCACCACCUGCUGCGCUGCCGCUUCGACAUUCUCUCUCUCGUUUUCCCGGAAAAAACCCAAAUUCCGGGAAAAGGAAAAGGCCUCGAGAUCACUGAUCACAGAGAGAGAGAGAGAGAGGGAGGGAGGGAGAGAGAUGGUGAGCGCGGGGCAAGCGGCGGCGGCGGCGGCGGCGGGCGGGAACCUGAGCCUGCACGAUCGCGAGAUCCUGACGUCGGUGAACGCGGUGGCGUCGAGCUUCUCGCUCCUGGGCUCCGGCUUCAUCGUCCUCUGCUACGUCCUCUUCAAGGAGCUCCGCAAGUUCUCCUUCAAGCUCGUCUUCUACCUCGCCCUCUCCGAUAUGCUUUGCAGUUUCUUCAACAUAAUUGGUGAUCCAUCCAAAGGAUUCUUCUGUUAUGCUCAGGGCUAUACCACCCACUUCUUUUGUGUGGCAUCCUUUCUUUGGACAACAGUGAUUGCAUUCACUCUUCACCGAACUGUUGUUAGACACAAAACCGAUGUUGAAGAUUUGGAGGCUAUGUUUCACUUAUAUGUAUGGGGCACAUCUUUGGUUAUGACGGUCAUACGCUCUAUUGGCAAUGAUCACAGAAAUUUAGGUGCAUGGUGUUGGUCACAAACGGGGCGCACAGGGAAGGCAGUCCACUUCAUUACGUUUUACGCGCCACUCUGGGGAGCCAUCCUUUAUAAUGGUUUUUCAUACUUUCAAGUGAUACGCAUGUUAAACAAUGCCACACGUAUGGCAGUUGGCAUGUCAGAUCGAGCAUACCACUCAGAUGCAAGACCUGAUAUGAAGGCUUUGAACAGGUGGGGAUAUUACCCGCUCAUUCUGAUAGGAUCGUGGACUUUUGGUACAAUCAAUCGCAUACAUGACUUCAUUGAACCUGGACAUAAGAUUUUUUGGCUGUCUCUUCUUGAUGUUGGCACUGCUGCUCUGAUGGGCCUGUUCAACUCAAUAGCAUAUGGCCUGAAUUCUUCGGUGCGACGGGCGAUUCGCGAGAGAUUGGAUCUAGUAAUCUGGCCGGAGACGAUUAGGCCAUGGUUGCCCAACAGUUCAAGGAUCAGAAACCAACAGCAAGAGAGUGAGCUAGUGUCACUGAAAAUCCAAGAUCCGCACUGACGAUUUCAAAAUUAUAUGCCCAUCUUCUUCGACAAGGUGAAGUGAUUGAGUAAGCCAUGGAGCUACCGCUUUUGAUAACCCUCAUCUGACUGAUCCGAAGUUCCGGUAGACGCUCGUGAGAUUGGACCGUUUCUUACUUCUUUUUCUAAUGAAACACCUAGUAAUUUUUUUGUGACGAAGGGGGUAGUGUCGCCAAUCAGCAACCGGUAGCCGCAAUCUUGUACAAUAGAAGCGAUUUUUUUCUGCUGCUAGAGGGACUCGGGUUUCGGUUCCCCGUUUUGUAGGUUGAUUUGUAUAGAAUAUAUUCUUUCCACGACGGACUGAUCGCCGGACCGCAUGGUACGUUUCCGUACACUGACAUGAUCAGAGUAACUGCAUCAUUUUUCUCU